AUGACGGCAACUUGCAGCUACCUCGGCCCUGCCUGGGGCCACAUCGGCGUCGGCCGCGACGACGGCGUCGCUGCAGGGGAAUUCUCGCCCAUCUACUACCAGCCGGGCACGUGGAGCCUCGUGGAGAACCGGACGUACUGGUUGAGCGAGACGCCCGACGUACCAGGCUCGAAGGGCCGGGACGCUGCGCUCCCCCGUAUCGUCACCGUCGCGUCUUUCCAGCAUAUUGAAAGUGGACUGCCGCUGGUGUACAUGUGCACGCAUUUUGACCACCAGGGCCAGAUUGCAAGAGAACAGAGUGCAGAACUCUUGGUCAGCCUGGCCAAAGAGUGGGAGUCCUCGAGUGAUGAGGUUGUUCCGGUCUUUCUUGGCGGCGAUCUGAACAUUGAGCCGGAUAAUGCGGCUUACCAGACCUUGAUUGCAGAGGGAAACUUGCACGAUAUCCGUGAUGUAGUUUCUGAGUCCAGGAGGACGGGAUAUUCUAAGACGUACACUGCUUUCACGGACGACGUCUCGGAUGACACGUUACUUGACCACUUGUUUGUACGCGAUCCGACGGCCGUAGGGAUGGCGUUCUUGACUUACGCAGUUUUGCCGAAUCAGUUUGAUGACGGGGUGUACAUAUCGGACCACCGACCCGUUAUCGUCGAUAUCAUGAUGAGUGUAUAG